AUGGGUAUUAUAGUCGUUAGUUACCCUGACAGGGGUUGGCACCUGACCAACUACCUACUUAUCAUCCUAAAGGCUGAAGCCAUGUCUGGGGGGGAGGCGGCACUUGCCUAUGACCAGGCAUUCAGGGAGCGGGCGGCAGGGGACGACACAGCUAGAUGGGAUAUCAAAGAUGAUGACGUGUGGUCUGAGUUGGUUGCCCCAUUCUUCAAGAAAGGGUCCGACAAUGUGAAACAGUCCAAAUACCAAUCCAAGGCCCCCAAGAGAUCUUGCUGGGAGUAUAAUAACAGUUCCUGCUUCAGAGAAAAAUGCCGAUUUGCUCAUGAAUGCGAGCGCUGUAGUGGAUCUCACCCCACCACAAAAUGUUUUCGGGGGAGGAAGUUUUUUCGAGGCUCCCGCAGAUCAGGCGCAGGCACAUCUCAAGACAAAAGAGAGGCCGGAGCCUCUACAGGCUCAUUUGGCACACAGCAAAGCAAAAACAAUGCCCACAAAUAG